AUGGAUGCUUGGUUAGAUGAUCUUGAGUGUGCCAUAAAAUAUAUUCGUGAGAAUCUUAAUUUCACUAUGCCAUUAGUAAUUUAUGCACAUGGCACUGGUUGCAUCAAUUGUCUUGCUUAUAUACUUCAGCGACAGAAGUCAAGACUUGAUUGUCAAGCAAUGAUAUUAAGUACGCCUUCAAUAUGUCUCAAAGAGCGUCCCACAUCCCUCGCAUAUUUUGGCUCGCGGGUUGUUUCGAGUUUGAUUCCUGGUCUUCGUCUCCCUCUCAAAGGAAACUACACGAAUGAGUAUACUGAUGAUAAAGAAAUAGUUGCAGCAUAUCGAACCGAUCCACUUGUUCAUGAUGAAUGGCUUGCACAAACUGUCUGCUUAUUCCUGAAAUUAGGUCACUUAUUAGAAACAACUGAGAUUCAAUUUCCAGUACCAGUGAUGAUUCAACACGGUGCUGAUGACAAUAUUACACCAAUAAAACUGAUUCAAAAAUGGGUACAAGAGCGAGUAAAGGGUAAUGACGUAACGUUCAAAGACUGGCCAGGACACAAUCAUGAAAUACAUAAUGAUAUGCGUAGGGAGAAUGUUUUCAAUCAUGCUUUGGAAUGGAUCGAAAAGCGUUUCAAAAUUGAACAGAAUUAA